CCUCCGGUUCCCGGAAGCAGCCUCGGAGCCGGCAGGCUGGCGCUCGUACGUGGGACCCCGGCGUAGGGGGUGGGGGGUGUGCCCCGGUGCCCGGCGGCUGUCCGCGGGGCUCCCCCCCGAGCGCCCUCCUGGGCUCCCGGCGCGACCAUGGCGCGCAGCCUCCGGAGCUGGCUGGGCGGCUGCCUCCUGAUAUCAGCAUUAGGAAUGGUGCCACCUCCUGAAAAUGUCAGAAUGAAUUCAGUUAAUUUCAAAAAUAUUCUGCGGUGGGAGUCACCUGCUUUUCCCAAGGGGAAUCUGACGUUCACAGCUCAGUACCAAAGUUACAGGAAAUUCCAAGAUACAUGCACCCGUAUUUUGUUGACGGAAUGCGAUUUCUCAAGUCUUUCCAAGUAUGGUGACCACACCUUGAGAGUCAGGGCUGAAUUUGCUGAUGAGAGUUCAGACUGGAUAAACAUCACCUUCUGUCCUGUGGAUGACACCAUUAUCGGACCUCCCAGAAUGCAAGUAGAAGCACUUGCUAAUUCUUUACAUAUGCGUUUCUUUGCCCCAAGAAUCGAGAAUGAACCUGAACCAUGGACCAUGAGGAACAUUUAUAACUCAUGGACUUACCAUGUGCAGUAUUGGAGAAACGGCUCUGAUGAAAAGUUUUCAAUUUCUGGUCAGUAUGACUUCGAGUUCCUCCGAAAUCUUGAGUCACAGACAACUUACUGUGUUCAAGUUCGAGGGUUUCUUCCUGAUCGGAACAAAGCUGGAGAAUGGAGUGAGCCUGUCUGUGAGCAAACAACCAUUGACGGGACUGAACCCGUGUCUCUUGCAGUGGAAGCACAGAGUCCUAACCCCUGGACCGCCAGGGAAUUCCCUCCUCUGAGCAUCUUAAGUGGCUUUAGAGGCUCCCAGCGAGUGUGCCGGCUGAAAGGCUCCUUAGAGAUCAUCACCCAGCUCAAGCUCCAGUUCAUCCCUGACUGACUGAGCCUCUUGCUGGGAAGGAGACCACCACCUUCUGAGGCAGCUUGUUCACUCCUGGACCCAAGGGAUUGAUGGACAGUCCUUCCGUCCAGGGAACUAAGGUCUCCCCCCACACACCCACCUCCAGCAUGCUUGUUCUCUCCUCUUGGGCUCCCUGAGGAAGUCUUAGUCCUCCCAAGACCACCCAGCAACGGUCGAGCCCAGAUGCCCUCUACUAGACACCUUUCCUUCCCAGGCUGUACACCUCCAGUUCCUUCCCACAUCAUAGGAAGAGUUUGGAAACCCCACCACUGUCCUCAGCAAGAUAGUCUUAGGGUUCCUCAUGAAUUAUAGCACCAGAACCUCCACACAGUCCCCCACAUAUGAGGUGCGUGUACCCCAGUAUCUAGCUUAGUGCCUCCACACUUGGUGUUUCUUAAAACACAGGGAGGGAGGAAGGGAAGGAGGAAAAGAGGGGAGAGGAGGGUACCAGUUGGCCUAGACACUGAGUAGUUAUGUAGGGGUGUAUUAUCAUCCGAGAUGAUAAAAUCUUGUAGUCGGCACACACAUGAGGGGCCUUUUGUUAUUUAAAGACGUUGUCCAGAGGAUCCACCAGCUCAGAUGCACACAAGCAGGUCUGAUCCUGGCUCUUUUCAUUUAUGGAGUGCCUUUGGAAAGCAAAGCCAUGAUCUGGGGAUUACAGAAAUACAAAGGAGAGCAAUUGUAAGAAAAGAAUUACGUCUAGAGUUUGAGGGAGACUGGAAGCAUGUAUUUGUACACCUGAAACUGUCACAACAUUGUUAAUUGGCUAUACUCCAACAUAAAAUAAAAGGUCUAGAAACAAAAAGCAACAAGAAUGAUGCCCAGCAACUGUGUAUCCAUAUGAAAAAAAAAAAAAUUUCCUCCAGAUAGAGGGGAAAACUUUGCAUCUUCUGUGUCACUGCAAUCCUGAGGCCGCUGUUGCUGCCAUCAUGGUGCAUCGUCAUUUCAGCUUAUCAAGUUCUUCCUGAAUGUUGGUUUUUGUCAUUGGAUGUAUUUCUCACCCAAUUUUGUGUUGUCUUAUCAAAGAAAAACUGAUUUGCUAGAAAGAGCUUCAGGAUCUUUAACAGUUUGUUGUUUAAACCGUUGGUGUGUCCAGGAUAUGCCUUUCUCUAGACCGCUUAACUACCUAAUGGUCACCAAUCCAUAUGAACACAGUGGACUAUUUUGUAAGCUAUUGUGUUUGACUGUCCGCAAAGUCACCAUGAAAGACUUUGGCAAAUAUCAGCUGAAAUCAACACCCAGUGCCAAGUGCAUUAUUGUCCCAACUUUGUUGGGACCCAACACAGUUGGGUGUCCCAAUUGUGUUCCCCAAACAGGGGACACACAGUUGUGUUGUCCCAGUGAGUGUUUAUGGGAUAUUUCUCAAAACAAGAGCCCUGUAGUCAGAUGUGCCUGGAAAUGAAGGUUCACCGCUUCUCCCUCUCAGAAAAAAACACCCUAUAUAUGAGCAUUUUUAGCAUAUUUGAUCUUUCAACACCUUUUUUGAGAUGGAACAUUUCCAAGAACACAGCUUGAAAAAAACAGCCCACAA